AUGAUGGCCGGCGUCCUGACGCUCGGUGCCGGCACCGCUUUGCUGUGUGCCGGUACCACCAUUGGCCUCUGGGUAACCGGCCGGUUGCUCCAGGGGGCAGCUGCUGCGGCGGUAUGGUCGGUCGCAUGCGCUUUAUUGGCGGACACGGUGGCCAGUGAACAACUCGGCCAUGCUAUGGGCUACAUGAGCCUGGCCAUGACGCUUGGAAACCUGACGGGUCCUCUAGCGAGGGGCGUAGUGUACGAACAUGGGGGCUAUUAUGCCGUCUUCAUUGUGGCGUUUGCCUUGAUUGGAGUGGACAUGGGGCUCCGACUCGCCAUCAUCGAGAGGAAGCAUGUCUCAAAACUUCUCCCUGUACUCGAGGCGUCAAGCAACCAGGGCAUCGCCCUCCACUACGGAUCACUGCUGGAACAAACCUGUCAGGAUGGCCAUGAUCCAGUGACCCGAGAGUCCCAUGCUGGCCUCAAGGGGGUUUGCAAGCUUCUGUCCUCUCCGCGUGUCGUCGUCGUCCUAUGGACUUGCGCGGUGGUGUCAGUUAUUGUGUCGGCUUUUGACAGCGUGUUGCCGCUUUUUGUCCAAGACACAUACGGCUGGGCGCAGACCUCGCAAGGGCUGAUCUUCAUCCCGCUGCUUAUUCCGAGCUUUCUCGGUCCUCUAGUUGGCUGGGUGAAUGACCGGUAUCCGAAUAUGCGGCGGAUGUUGGCGGGAGGUGCCCUGAUCAUAAGCGUCCCAGUCUGUGUGCUUCUCCGUCUGGUAACCGUCAACGACACAGGGCACAAGAUACUAUUGUGUGGGCUUCUUCUGUUGCUUGGUACUUGCAUAGGCAUACUCUUCCCGCUUGUGUUGGCGGAAAGCUCGUAUGCCGCUUCCGAGAAGGAGCAGGAAAGCCCAGCUUCCUGUGGCAAACAGGGCGCAAUGGGACUUGCGUACGGGCUUUCAAAUUCUGCCUACGCUGCUGGCUCUAUUGCCGGGCCUUUUCUCGCUGGAUUCCUUCGGGAACAUGCUGGCUGGGGCACCAUGUCAUGGGCGUUAGGCGUGCUGACCGGGGUCUCUGCCUUUCCUGUGAUAUUGUGCUUUGCCGGGCUUCUGUCCUCGAGCCGACAUCCAAGCAUGUAG